AUGGCCAAGGACGAAGAUGACGAGAAGAAGGCGAAGAAGGGGAAGAAGGGGAAGAAGGCGCCGGAGCCCGAGAAGCCCAAGCGGAGCCUGAAGGGGACGUCGCGGCUGUUCAUGGGCUUCCGCGACCGCACGCCCAAGAUAUCCAAGAAGGGCCAGUUCCGCAGCGCGUCGGCCUUCUUCUGGGGCCUCCACACGGGCCCGCAGAAGACCAAGCGCAAGAAGAAAGCACGCACCGUGCUCAAGUCCACGUCGAAGCUCAUGACGCAGAUGCGCAUGGGCAAGAAGAAGCGCGCGAUGAAGGGCAAGAAGCCGUCCUUCAUGGUCAUCCGCUUCCCCGGCCGCCGCGGCUACGGCCGCCUCCGGCCUCGCGCCCAGUCGCUCAGCAAGGCGUCCACCGCCAUCAACUGGCUCACCAAGAGGUUUCUCAUCAAGAAGGCGGAGGAGGACGACGCCCCGCUGCGGCACGCGGGCCCCCGCCGGUCGCUGUACGGGCUGGAGGGCUUCCAGGACCUGGGCGAGUACUACGACUACCACCGCGAGGGCGACGGCUACUACGACCGGCAGUCGCUCCCGCCCUACGACGAGCCCGAGCCCCGCCUGGCCGCCUACGGCCCCUACGGCCCCUACGACCCCUACGUGGCCUACGACCCCUACGCGGCCUACGACCCCUACACGGCCUACGGCCCCUACGGCCCCGCCUGGCCGCCCUACGCAGACCGCACCCCCGGGUACCCGCCCGAGGACGCCUACGACCCCUACGGCCCGGACUACUACGGGGGCGUCUACCCCCCCGCGUCUCCCUACGCCUACAGCUACGGCUACGACGACUACGAGCCCCCCUACGCCCCCCCCGGGGCCUACGUGUCUCCCUACAGCUACUACGACGGUUACGGCUACGAGGCCGAGCCGUACGCGCACGGCUACUACCUGGACCCCUUUGCACCUUACGAAGGGCCAUUCCUGCCCUACGACGUCCCCUACGAGGGGCCUGCCCUGGACCCCUACGGGGUGCCCUAUGACGCGCCCUACGGCGUCGCCUAUGCUGAAGGCAUCUACGGGGGUGGCGGCCAGGCCAUAUACCCCCCGGAAGUGCCCUAUCUUUACCCGGAGGAGUCGGCCUUCGCAUACCCAUGGGCGCCACCCCCCAUCCUGUCGCCCUACAACCCUUACGCCCACCCCAUGGAUGACAUCGCGGAGCUGGAGGAGUCGGAGGAGGCGGCCGGGGAGCAGCAGGGCACCUCCUUCCGCCUGCCCAGCGCCACCUUCUUCGAGCAGCAAGGCAUGGACAAGCCCGCCCGCUCCAAGCUCUCCCUCAUCCGCAGGUUCCGCCUCUUCCCGCGGCCCCAGGUGAAGCUGUUUGGGAAGGAGAAGCUGGAGGUGCCCCUGCCCCCCUCCCUGGACAUCCCUCUGCCCUUGGGGGGCGAGGAGGAGGAGGAGGAGGAGGAGGAGGAGCCGCGCCUG